AUGUCUACAAAUUCAUUCCUGUGGCUGUUGGUCGUUACGUUUUUCCUGUGCAUUGCAGCUCGAUUACUUUACAAUGUAUACUUUCACCCUCUGUCCAAAUUUCCCGGUCCUACCCUCUGGGCAAUGACAAGACUCUGUUUUGUCACAUCACUUGUUCGCGGUGAUUUGCAUUUAAAAAUAAAGGAUUUCCAUGAUCGAUACGGAACUGUCAUCCGUGUUGCCCCGAAUGAGCUAUCCUUCAUUGAAGGAUCAGCAUGGCAAGACAUGUACACUGGACACAACAAAAACAAAGGAUUCCCCAAAAAUGCCGUCGUUUUUGGAGCCCAGCAAUUUCGCAGCAUCUUAGACGGUUCUGAAGAAGACCAUACCAGGAUGAGGAAGAUUUUGGCGCAUGCAUUCUCCAACCAGGCGUUAAAUCGACAAGAGGGGCUACUGCACCGCUAUAUCGAUAUCCUGCUGCGCAAGCUGGGCGAUGUUGUCGAGAGUGGUCAAUCUAUCAAUAUUGUGGAAUGGUAUAAUUGGCUGUCCUUUGAUCUUACUGGAGAACUAGCUUUCAGCGAGUCAUUUGAUCAGCUCGAGCAAAAGGCUUACCACCCAUGGGUGAAGAUGAUUGUCGGUCACUUGAAGUAUUCAGCGUUGAGUAUCGGUCUGCGAUAUUACUCCCCAUUGAAUGAGUUAAUGCCUUAUAUUACCCCACGCCAUCUACAUCGCUUGAAAUGGUCAUUCGUCACAAUGUCGCGCGAGAAGGUGCUCCGACGCCUUGCUCGACCCGAGUCGAAAACACUUGACGACAUUCUGGGUGCAUGUCUGUCUCCGGACAGUGGAGAACCUAUGAUGACAAUGGAAGAGUUAAUAGGCACCUUCACCUUUCUCAUCGUGGCAGGCAGUGAAACCACGGCGACAGUGCUGGCAGGCGUCACGAAUUACAUCUGCCGCAAUCCCAAAGUGUUUCAACGCUUAAAAGAUGAGGUUCGCGCAAUAAAAAGUGAAAAGCAAAUCACCAUUACUUCCACAGCAACGAUGCCAUAUCUGAAUGCGGUCAUCAAGGAAGGUAUGCGUAUGUGCUAUCCUAUCCCUGGUGCCCUCACUCGGGUUGUUCCUCGCGGAGGACGACUCGUCAGUGGUCAUUUCAUCCCUGAAGGAACUCUGGUAGGGAUUCCUCAAUUCGCCGCACAUUAUUGCGAUGUGAAUUUUGAAAACCCUUAUGAAUUCAUUCCAGAGCGCUGGACACAGAUCUUAGAUGAUGAUAGCAGGAGCAUCUUUCAACCCUUUGCCAUCGGUGGCCGCAAUUGUAUUGGUCAGAAUCUAGCUUGGGCAGAGAUGCGACUCGUUCUUGCAAGAGUUGUGUACAAUUUUGAUUUAGAACCGGCCGACGAUCUCUGUUGGUUGGACCAGAAGUCAUAUUAUCUGUGGGAGAAGGAACCAUUUUUAGUCCGAGUCUCCAAACGCUCUUAG